ACUUGGGUACGUGUAUUACAACGGCAAGAGUGCCAGCGCCCACAAAGACCCAUUGGACCUGUCAGCAUCUCUGUUUGACCAAGCAGACACAAUAGCUUGCCAGCAAAGCAGAGUGAGCCACGUGCCUCUGCAUGACAUCAGCAGCUGACUAACACACAAGAAAAAAUAACAGAUUUAGACUAGAGCCCUAUAUUUUCUUGAGAAGCUGGGAUUUGAAGGAGCCAUUUUUGAGAUCUGUGCUCCUAGCAAGUGACUCAUAACAUAGAGUGGAUCAGUCCCUGAGUUCAGAGACUGAGUUGCAAUUGAGUGAAAAAUAGACAACGAAAUCUUGAAGAAUUGCACGGAGGUGCAAGCCAAAUUUAACUCUCUCCAACUAGUUGUGGUCGGACUGAGAAAUUGCUAAACCAAACCUGUAAUAGGACUGGUUAUUUGCGUGUCUCUCCUUGUCAUUGUUGCCUUUUACUGUUACAUUGCUUUCUGUGUUGUCUCUGCAGGCCCAGAUGUUCUCGGAUAAUUCACAUUGCCCCGACUGUGGGCAGCAGUGGUUCCCUAGUUUAGAACUAGGUCAUUGGUUGUACCAAACAGAACUUGUUGCCAAUGAAUGUUACCAAGUAUUCUUAGACCGUAUUAACAGAGCUGAUUAUUGCCCUGAGUGUUACCCUGAUAAUUCUGCUAACAGAAGCCUUGUUCUUCCUUGGUCCUUCCCGCUCGAGUGGGCGCCCCAGAAUCUUACCAGGUGGACCUUUGAAAAAGCUUGCCACCCAUUUCUUCUGGGUCCUCCACUGGUUAGAAAAAGGAUCCAUGACUCUAGAGUAGCCGGUUUUAACCCUGCGUUACAGCUGAUCUUGACCAGGACAGACACAACCUUAAACAAAAAACUUGGUCAAAGCAGUUAAUUUUCUAAACAGUUAAAAUCAUGGAGACUCUAGAGGAUUUUGUACUGGUAGCCCAAGGAAGAUGGAAAAAUGACUCCUUUUAAAUCUGAUCCAGACUGUCACUGCUGUGGGGAACUGCUUAAAUUGUUGGAUCUGCUACCAUGGUUUACACCUACUUUGUUCAGCAUGAAUUUAAUGAGUAUUUCAGCCAGACUGUUCACCUAGAACCAGACUGUUCAUGUUCCCUGUGUUUUGGAAUUAGCUUACCUCUCCUGAAAAGCUCCACAGCCUAAUUAUUGACAAAUGACAAGGUAGUUCUGGAGAGGCCCUCUGCUGUGUAUACCAUAAUGAUCUCUCUAAUGAUAACUUUUGUGGGAGAGCAUUCUCUUUGUAGCUUGAUUCUAGAUCAUUCCAGUAAAACUACUAGAUAUUUUAAUAAGAAACUUCAUUAUUCUAAAUUCCACCUCUUAUAUAUUAAUCAAUGAUUUUUUUAUAUAUAUAUAUACAUGAUUUAGUCACAUAUAAUCAUUUGUUCAUUGGCUCUAUUUGGCCUCAGUAUGGCUUUGACAUUAAUCGAUAAUUGGUCACCACCAGAGAAAUCGCAUUCUACCAGGUAACACCUACACAGAUUACACAGAAACGUGCAGAAAUGCUACUAUCAAGACUUAUGUGGCUCUACAUAAACAGAGACUAGAAUGUCCCUCCCUGGAAAUGGAAAAGCACCUGUGCUAAGACAUAGGUGACAAACGGGGUCAUCCAGCUCGACUCCAUGUAUGUUAUGAACAGUCUAAGGGAGGCACCUUUCCUAAAACUAGGACGGUCUUGCUGGACUUGAGCCACAUUCUGGCCUUCACUUGUUCACGAGAAUCUUGGAACCAGAGCUCGGGUUAUGAAACUUAGAAAAAAAGCUGUUGAAAACAUCUUAGAAGCCACUGAACAAUUUUUAAAUUCCACUUAAGAUGCUAGAUAAUCCACUGUUUGCGUAGCAACCCAACAAUGUUCUCAAGGUCCCAGAUGCUUUCUGUUUUUCCCGCUGGGGUCCUUAUCACAUUGGCUUUUGUCCUCAUAGUGUCCUCAGUGAGUACAAUGUGGCUUGUUGCUGCUUUAGGCAUUUCAGUCCCACCCAAAGGCUGGAAGUAGGGAGCAAAAGCUUUCUCAUUACAAGUCUCUGCCUUAUUCGAAAAGAAAAUCUUGCUCAAAAGUCUUUCACAGACUUCUUCUUACAUCUCAUUAGCAGGUACUGGUUCACAAGGAGGCCCGGGAAGCCAGGCAAAGGGGAACGGGGCUGGCAGCGGCUGGGUAAGGCACAUUGUCUUCUAAUAAAAUCAGGACUUUCAGGAAGGAAGAGGUGAGGAAUGAAUGGCUGUUGUAUGCAACAAAUCAUGCCUGCCACAUGUUGCGAAACCUAAAGUUAUUUGUUAGUCUGUAUAAAGAAUGUACUCCAGAGAUCUACCCUGUAUCUGCCUUAUGUCUAUCGUGAUGGAAGCUCUCUCUCGCUUGUCAUAUUGCUGAAUAAACUGUGUGGACUGCUAAA